UUUUAAUCUCCCUCCAGCAUUCUUCCUCUGUCCACUCCUCACCUCAAUCAAAAACCCUAGUCAGCAAGCAAUGUUGGCUGGCAUUAACUUCCAUGUCUUCCAAUCCAUAUCAAACACACAAAACCCUAGUCUCUGAACCCACCAUGUAUUCCAAACCCUACCCCUGCAGACCACAAGAAUACCAACAACCAUGUCGGAUCGACAAUCCUGGUCAAUUGACACCGACCUCGACGGAAUCGGCCUCGAACCCUCCGACUUCACAUCCUCAAUCCCCCUAAAAAAGGUCCCCUUCGGCGACGUUUUCGAGGCCUCUCGCGCCGGCGAUGUGUCUCGUCUCCGGGACCUCCUCGAUUCCGGCGUCAAUGUCAACGCUCGAGACCAAUGGGAUUCCGUGGCUCUCUACUACGCUUGCUUGGCGGGUCAUCUCGAUGCGGCCAGGAUGUUAUUGGAGAGUGGUGCGAUUUGCUCCGAGCAUACCUUUGAUGGAGACCGGUGUCACUACGCGGCCUUGAAUUUGAAGGUCAGGAAGCUUUUGAAGGCCUUUGAAGCUCGCCCGCCGCCUUUGGGCCCCUUGCAGGCCGCGUUGAGGGAGACUUUCUUGGGUUGUUGCGCUAAUCGGAAUUUUCUCGAGCUGUCUAAUAGUCAAUCCUCCUCAAUCCCAGGUAAUUCAUCCAAUGGGGGAUCCAGUUCUGGCCACUUCCCUCCAGAUGUGGUAUUUUACGUGCAAGGAAGGCCUAUUGAAGCUCACAGAAUCAUCUUGAGUGCUAGAUCACCCUUCUUCAAGAGAAAAUUUGAGACCCACUGGAUGGAUCGUAAGGAAGUAAGAUUCUCAAGGGAAAAGUUGUCCUAUCAUGCUCUUUACGGCCUCAUCCACUUCUUUUAUUCUGACCGACUGGAGAUUGCAGUAGAUGACAUGGAGGAUCUUGCAAGAAUUUGCAAAGUUUGCAAGUGCAAUUCAUUACAAAGGGUCCUCGAAAAAGAACUAAUUCACCAAAAAUAUGCAGAGUACAAAGCACUCAGAGAUGUAGACAACUCUCAGAAACGAUUUAUCUUGCAGGGCUUGUCACUUCCUGAGGAAGACCGUCUUCCUGCUGCCUUGCAUCGAAUCCUUCAAAUUUCUCUUGUUAGUUCCACCAGGGAACAAAACCCGGACUCUGGUGUUGAGAAUAUAGUAUCUCGUCUAGGUGCAAUGCAGAUGAGUGAGUUUGAGAAUGAUCUUGCCGAUGUUUGUGUUAGAGUUGAUAAAAAGGUAUUUCGCUGCCAUCAAGUGGUCUUAGCAUCCAGAUCAGAGUACUUUAAAGCAAGAUUAUCCCGCAUGAAGGAUUUUCUUGAAGGAAAAGAUGGUUUAUCUGAUUAUGUUCUUCCAUGUCUUGAAGAACAUGAUUUGAGCAUGGAGGCAUUUGAGAAGAUGAUCGAGUACAUGUAUACUGAUGGUUUGAAGGAUAUAGAUCCAGAUCAGGCUGAAGAGAUGUUCGAUGCAGCUUCCAGAUAUUUGUUAUUUCCUUUAAAGCGCGCUGUUGCUGAUGUACUGCUGCCUCAACUUGAAAUGGUUCCUCCAGCAGAAUUGUGCCAUUGGCUGAUACUAUCAGACAUGUAUGGUGUUCUGAAGAUUCGGGAGUUUUGUCUAGACGUAAUAGCCUGUAACUUCGAGACAUUUGCUGAUACUCCCGAGUUCCGGGCCAUGCUUUUGACCCUUCCCCCACCAUCUGGAGAUUCAUCACUUCGUACCACAGUACCAAGUGCCCCAGGUGCCGGGGUGAAUACAGACCAAGCAAAUCUUCUUGAUGAUCUGAGAGAGAAAUGGCUCGAGGCUGAAGCUGCAGAGCUUGACAAGAGAGAUGAGAGCGCAUUAUUGUUUGACAAGCGCCUUGAGAUGCUUAUGCUCAUUGCAGAACAAGAAAAAUCUGAUGUUCAUUCUAAUGAUAGCCAUGAUUGUGCUACAGAAACCGUUACAACCCUGUCCUCUGUUCUUGCACAAAAAUGAACAAAAAGGGUUAAAAAAAGAAGAAAGAAAAUAAAAUGUUUUAAUUCAUUUUUUCAAA